UGAAUCAACAGCAGGUGAAAAACCCUGAGGUCAGUGCCUUUUCCUGAAGCAGCUUUUUAGUGGAUUCAGACAUUCUACCUCUUCAUGGUUGUGAAACCAGCUGUGAGCUAGUAACAACAAGCACUACCGAUGAGUGUCCGGCUGCAGCACAUCAAACACCAUAUUUUUGCAGCAAACCAAUGUGCAGAAAUGACCACUCCACUACUGAGCCCCCUCACUACUCACGUGCUGAACACGGGUCGAGGUAUACCAGCAGCCAACAUGAACCUCAGCCUUUACCUCCUGGAUGCCACUUCACCGUCUUGGAACCUACUAAGAACAGGAGCUACCAAUGAUGAUGGACGCUGCCCAGGCCUCAUCACUAGAGAAGCAUUUAUUCCUGGUGUUUAUAAGAUGCGUUUUGAGACUGGACAGUACUGGGAAGCAUUAGGAGAGACCUGUUUCUACCCACAUGUUGAGAUCGUCUUCACCAUCAUUGACGCAUCUCAGAAGUUUCAUAUCCCACUUCUCCUGAGUCGGUUCUCCUACAGUACCUACAGAGGAAGUUAAAUAAUCCAAUGGCUGUUAUCAUACUAUCUGCUCACCUACAUUUGGAGUAUUAUUUUUCAUUUUCUUAAACAAAUGAUGAUCAUCACAUAUAAACAAUUUAGAACUAUGAAGAUCUAAAAUCAGCACACUUGUGCUUUGAUGUUGAUGCAAUCUCCUGUUUCUCUGACCAGAAAAAUCCAGUUUAUUAAACACCUCAGCCAUGUUAAGUACUCACAAAACGCAUCGAUAUUACAUUCUACAAUACCAGGAAUGUUUGUAUUCUCUAUUACCAAUAUGAAACAAAUUACAAAAGUGAAAAAAAAUAUUCUGAUCAGGUUUAUCAGAAAAAUGGUUUGUAUUAAAAAACAACAGCUUUUGAUAAAACAGAUCAAAAAUGGCAUUUUAUUUUAGACGUGCUUGGAACUACAAAUAUUCCGGAAGGAGUUGGAAAGUAAAACAGCAGCACUUCAUCUCUAUCGCAUCAACUGAGCUGUUUAAGACAGAAUGGAUCUGAGCUUUCUGGUGCUAAAAGAUUACAUAAAGAUUACAUUCUACUUUGUUACUGGAGAUGUAAAUGUGUAUGAACAAUUGAAUAAAGCAAAUGUGGUAGCUAA